AUGAACAACGAAGACAACAACAACAACAACAACAACGAUCUGUUGAUCGAGAUCGAUACAAAGAUGAUCGAAGUGAAGCAAUUUGUUGAGCAAGAAGAGCUGAAAAAAAAGAAAAGCGACUUGAUUGAAGAAGUGAAGAACCUGAUUCAAGAGGCUAAUGAACAAGCAGACGCUGCAAAAAAGCUUUUUUCUGAUUCCGAUCAUCCGACCAACAUCCAAUCAUCCGACCGACUGCUUGGUCAUAUUCUUAACAGAAAACGAAGGAGCAAAAAAGGAAAAACUAGGGUUUCGGCAGCGGAAUAUGAUCAAUUCGCUACCGCGGUUGCCGGGCUUUCAGAAGUGUUGCGAUAUCGGUCCUACAGAAAACUGUGUCAAGAUGCCGGCACGAGAUAUGAGUCCUUUAAAAAGAAUUACUUGAAGAAAGUUGAGGCGAAGUGUAAAGAAGUGGAGCAGUUUCGCCACAAGGCUAAGCAACAAGCAGAGGUCGCCAUCAACGCAAUCUCGAUUGCAGCGAAGAAAUUGUUUGAGAUCGCACAAGAGCUGGAAAAAGAGGUGAAGAUUGAAGAGGUGAAGCUGCUUGACCACAAGAUAUUGCGGGAUGAAUACAUAAAGGGGCGGGUCGACAAGAAGAAGAAUAGCAAGAAUGUCAAACAGGCCAAUUGGGUGAAAUGGGAAGGAGAUCUUCGUGUUCAGAAUGAAAUCAUCUCGAAAAUCGAAAACUACGAUAAGAAUAGCAUUUAUGCUUUCACGGAUGGAAGCUGGGAGCCUGACGAGACAAACAGGAUGAACUACGCUUCGGGCUUCGGAGUUUUUCUAUUGACGGAAGCGGAUCAUCCACUCACGAUGUGCGGUCCCAUUGAUCAUCCUUCAGGCGGUCAAACUAGCCAGACAGCCGAGCUAUUUGCAAUCGAGAUUGCACUUUACGCGAUCUAUCUUUUGGAGCGUUAUGUUGGACAAGAAGUCGUGAUUUCAACGGACAACAUCCGGGUCGUCGAGGCCUUUAAUCAGUACAAAAAAAGCGGAAUGGCCGGGGAACGCUGUAAUUGCGACUUCAACCAGAUGAAAAAAUUGAAAAAUGAAUACAUUGGCAUCUACGAAAAUUGCCAACUUUUCGAUCUGAGCAAGUUGCAGUUUGAGCAUGUGUACUCAAACCGAAAAAAGACCAAGCCACAAAAUCCGGGCAAUAAGGAGGCCGACAAGCUGGUGGACGAGGGCCGACAAGCGACGACGACAGCCUUGUUCAAACCAGCCACUCGCAUCAAAAAACCGAUGCAUCAAAACACCGAUGCGGCUGUCGAGGUGCGGGGGGUCGACUCCGAGGGAUUCGACGCCGUUCUUGGAUCAGAGGAAGAGGAGCCGACGCUGAUGGACGGUGACACUGAUGUGGAUAUGGAU